GAAAUCUACUUUCGGAAAGUUCCAGUCCAAUGUUUUUGCGUCAUUUUAUUCUGUUCUCAAAUUUGUGGGUCCUGCGUUCUUGGUGACCAAGAGACAACGUUUCAAAUCUCUCCAAACAAUUACAGGGAAGAGCACAGUAACAUUUAAUUGAAUUCAACACACGUCACAAAAUUCAAAACUACUAAAUCAUUGGCUAAGCAGUGAGCAACAAAGAUGAUCUUGUCACGUUUGGCCGUGAUGCCGUUGAAGGCUCCAAUGCUGACCCUCCGACUUUCGGAACAGUCGUUUAAAGGACCCACCGUGUUCCGUGCUUUCAAAACGGAUGCCAAACUUUUCAAUGAAAAUAACCGACAUUUUGUUCGAAGAGCGAGAGAAAGGAUUGGUCUCAAGGACAGAGCCAUGGGCCCCACUUCCGGUGCUCCCUUUCAGAUUGGACAAGGAGUCAUCGCCGGAGCGUCCGUGUUUGGGAUUGGAGCGCUGUGCUAUUAUGGGUUGGGGAUGUCGAGCGAGUCGGUGGGAACGUCGAUUUCGGACAGAGCCAUCAUGUGGCCCAAUUAUGUGAGGGAACGAAUUCGCGACACGUACAUGUACUUUGGCGGUUCACUCGCUUUCACUGCAGCUACAGCCAUGUCCGCCUUUCGCUCACCAGCCGUUAUGAAUUUGAUGAUGAGAAAUUCCUGGGUCGUCAUCGGGGGUACUCUUGUUGCAAUGAUUGGAACGGGCAUGGUUGUUCGCGGGAUGCCGUAUAAGGAAGGAUUUGGUGCAAAGCAAGUGGGAUGGAUGGUUCAUUCUGGCGUGAUGGGAGUUGUUCUCGCCCCAAUGCUGCUCCUGGGUGGACCUCUCCUUUUGCGUGCGGCAAUAAUGACUUCUGGGAUUGUUGGAGGGCUGUCUGCAAUUGCGAUAUCGGCUCCGAGUGAAAAGUUUCUCAACAUGGGCGGACCCUUGGGAAUUGGUCUUGGCGUUGUUUUCGCCUCAUCUCUAGGCUCCAUGUUUGUCCCGAUGACAUCUGCCCUUGGCGCGGGCCUGUAUUCGAUCGCUCUUUACGGUGGACUUGUCCUGUUCUCUGGAUUUUUGCUAUAUGACACUCAAAAGGUUAUUAGGAGAGCGGAAGCUGUGCCACCAAAUUCAGUCGUCCCAUUUGACCCAAUCAACGCAUCAAUGUCCAUUUACCUCGACACUGUCAACAUUUUUGUCAGAAUUGCACAAAUGUACGCCAUGGGAGGUGGAGGCAGAAAAAAAUAAACUCGUCGAUUUAGUCAACCUUCUCGAACCCUUAAAUAUUUAUUAUUACUACUAUUCACCACCGUCGCCAUCGUCAGCAAUGUUUAGCGAUUGAAAAUUCAAUUGGAUAUUUGAAAAGUUAUUUCUUUUAUGUGAUAAAUGCACAAUGUCAAAGUCAUAAAUAUAACCAGCACCUCUUUGAUGAGUUGUGACAACCGCUAAUUAAAUGACCCUCUUGUACAAAUCGUA